GGCCGGGCACAUUCAAAAUGGCGGAGCGUGGAGCGAGCGGCAGCGGGAGCAGCGGGGACAGCCUGGACAAGAGCAUCACGCUGCCCCCCGACGAGAUCUUCCGCAACCUGGAGAACGCCAAGCGCUUCGCCAUAGACAUCGGUGGCUCGCUGACCAAGCUGGCCUACUACUCCACCGUCCAGCACAAAGUCGCCAGGGUGAGGUCCUUCGACCUCUCGGGCCAGGAUGCGGAGCAGGACCGCGAGUCGCCCUAUGAGAUCUCCGUGCAGGAGGAGGUGACCGCCCGGCUGCACUUCGUCAAGUUUGAGAACACCUACAUGGAAGCCUGCCUGGACUUCAUCAAAGACCACCUCGUCAACACGGAGACCAAGGUCAUCCAGGCGACCGGGGGCGGGGCGUACAAGUUCAAGGACCUCAUCGAAGAGAAGCUGCGGCUGAAAGUCGACAAGGAGGACGUGAUGACAUGCUUGAUAAAGGGCUGCAACUUUGUGUUAAAGAACAUCCCACACGAGGCCUUCGUGUAUCAGAAGGAUUCCGACCCCGAAUUCCGAUUUCAGACGAAUCACCCCAACAUUUUCCCGUAUCUUUUAGUCAACAUCGGCUCUGGGGUGUCUAUCGUGAAGGUGGAGACUGAGGACAGGUUCGAGUGGAUCGGCGGCAGCUCCAUCGGAGGCGGCACCUUCUGGGGACUCGGGGCUCUGCUCACCAAAACGAAGAAGUUCGACGAGCUGCUGCUCCUGGCCUCCAGGGGCCAGCACGCCAACGUGGACAUGCUGGUGCAGGACAUCUACGGCGGGGCCCACCAGACCCUGGGGCUCAGCGGCAACCUCAUCGCCAGCAGCUUCGGGAAGUCGGCCACCACUGACCAAGAGUUCUCCCAGGAGGACAUGGCCAAGAGCUUGCUGCACAUGAUCAGCAACGACAUCGGGCAGCUCGCCUGCCUCUACGCCAGGCUGCACGGCCUGGACCGCGUGUACUUCGGCGGCUUCUUCAUCCGCGGCCACCCCGUCACCAUGCGCACCAUCACCUACAGCAUCAACUUCUUCUCCAAGGGGGAGGUCCAGGCGCUGUUCCUGAGGCACGAGGGCUACCUGGGAGCCAUUGGCGCGUUCCUGAAAGGGGCGGAGCAGGACAACCCGAACCAGUACAGCUGGGGGGAGAACUACGCAGGCAGCUCCGGGCUGAGGGGCUCGUCCCCCGAGCUCUGCCCCGCACAGCGGACGACGAGCGGCACCUUUGACCUGCUGGAGAUGGACCGGCUGGAGAGGCCGCUGGUCAACCUGCCGCUGCUCCUGGACCCGCCCUCCUACGUGCCCGACACAGUUGACCUCACGGACGACGCCCUGGCCCGCAAGUACUGGCUCACCUGCUUCGAGGAGGCGCUGGACGGGGUGGUGAAGCGCGCAGUGGCCAGCCAGCCGGGGUCCGUGGACGCGGCUGAAAGGGCAGAGAAGUUCCGGCACAAGUACUGGGAUAAGCUGCAGACGCUGCGGCGCCAGCCGUUUGCUUACGGGACCCUGACUGUGCGCAGCCUCUUGGACACGAGGGAGCACUGUUUGAAUGAGUUCAACUUCCCAGACCCCUACUCCCAGGUGAAGCAGAAGGAGAACGGCGUGGCGCUGAGGUGCUUCCAGCGGGUGGUCCACGCCCUGGACGCGCUGGGCUGGGAGGAGCGGCAGCUGGCCCUGGUGACGGGACUGCUGGCUGGGAACGUCUUCGACUGGGGAGCCAAGGCCGUGUCUAAUGUCCUGGAGUCUGACCCCCAGUUCGGGUUUGAGGAGGCAAAGAGGAAGCUGGAAGGGCGGCCCUGGCUGGUGGACUGCUACGACGGGUGGCUGCAGAGGCUGAAGGGGCCCCCUCACAAAUGUGCCUUAAUUUUCGCAGAUAACAGUGGAGUAGACGUCAUUUUGGGAGUCUUCCCCUUUGUCAGGGAGCUUCUGUCUAGAGGGACGGAGGUCGUCCUGGCGUGCAACUCGGGGCCCGCGCUGAAUGACGUGACCUACAGCGAGUCCCUCAUCGUGGCCGAGCACAUCGCGGCCAUGGACCCCAUCAUCCAUGCGGCGCUGCGGGAAGACAGGCUGCUGCUGACGCAGACGGGCGGCAGCUCCCCGUGCCUGGACCUCAGCCGCCUGGACGAGGGGCUGGCCGUGCUGGUGCGGGAGCGCGGCACGGACCUGGUGGUCAUCGAGGGCAUGGGCCGUGCCGUGCACACCAACUACUACGCGGCCCUGCGCUGCGAGUGCCUGAAGCUGGCCGUCAUCAAGAACUCCUGGCUGGCCGAGCGGCUGGGUGGCCGGCUCUUCAGCGUCAUCUUCAAGUACGAGGUCCCGGCCGAGUGAGGCGCCCGACGCGCCAGCUGUGCUGCUUGUCACCGGUCAGGAAGCGCACUCCCACCACCGUGCGGCGCCGCCUGCCAGCCGGACUGUUUCUGUUGUGCUUCUGCGGCUCGGCCAAGCCCCGCGGCCUGGGCUCCCUUGCGUGCCGCCGCGGCCAUGGUGGCGUACACGGCCCGUCCCGCAGGACAUUCGCAGCGGAAUGUAUUUAACUGUUAAAUAAUCUUUA